UAAAAUGAUAACUACUGUGAAAGAUAUUGGAGCCUCAACAAAUCCUAGCCACAGAAGGAAGAAAUCUUCAAAAGUUAAACCUAAGAAGGGCGUAGGUUCUCCAAAAAGAAACAAUAGAAAACAAAAGAAGAGAGGAACUGUUCAAAAUUAUGUCAAUCCUAAUAGAUUGGUUGAUGAGCAAAUGAGCUUUGAGAGGCUGGCAAUAGAUCCCUCCCUAAAUAGUAUCAAACAGGAUAUUCUGGACUGUUUAAAAAUGUUAACAAAAGAAUACUUAAGUCACAAUGAGUCUCAAAAACUGGGAUACUUCAACUAUCUCCUUUACUUCGCUGUUACUCAAAGAGAAGAUCUGAAGCAUAAGAUCAUGGACGGAAUUGUCUUCUGUAAAAUCUUGAAGCAAGUCGAUCAUAGUUUUAACAAAGAGGUAUUCAAACGUAUUGAGUGACCUCCAGGCAUUACUGAGGAAGAUAAAAACCUUUAUGUGUACCUUCAAGGCUUGAAAGCUCUAGAUUACCCGUCACAUUUCAUUCCAGAAGUCAUGGAGUUAAAAUAAAAUGAGCAAAAGCAGAUUUGUUGAACAUAUUUUUAAGCUUUAUGAUUUUGUCAAAAGAAGGAUUAACAGCUCCCCAAAUGAAACGAAGAAAUUACCAGAUCUUGCUUAUGGACGGAUUUUAAGAGGAUCCCAUGAGAGAGAACUCCUCAAACUUCUAGAAGCAGCUCACAAAGUGAUAGAGAAAAAGAAAUAGAGUGAUUCAAACCCAAAGUGACCAGAUCCAAACCAUGGAAACAGAAAUUCACAAUUUAAGGACUACUAUGAUCCAAAAUGCUACAAAGCCGAAACCUUUGGAAACUAUCGGAAUGCUGAACGAUCAACAGAGAAAAUAUAGUGAUAUUGAAGGCCCAAUGAAACAGAAUAAUCGCACAGGGAAAUUAGUCAGAAAUAUGAGUUUUAAUAAUGCUAAUAAACAAACUCCAGGGAAUAGCUCAGACAUCGUCUUGUUACAAGAUGAUAAUGAAGACCUCAAGAAUGAGAAUGAAGAUCUUCUCAAGGAGAUCAACAACAUUACCUUUCAAUUUGAGUCAGAAAUAGAGCAAUUAACAAUAGCUAAUAAGAAUCUAUCAGCUAGGCUAGAUGAAAAGACUUCUGCGCUUCAAAAAGCGCUUGAAAGUAAUAACACUUUGAAGGAAAAGAUCGAAGAGCUUCAAAUAAAAAUCAUGUCAUUAGAGCCUGAAAAGCCAUUAAUGCUACAUGGUCAGAAAGAUAACGUAAAGUCUAUAAACAGUCUUUACAAAAAUCAAAUUGAGGAAAGUGAAUCUGCUAGUAGUUUUAAUUCAGAGAAAAGUCAAGAAAAUGUUGAAAAUAUUAAUCUUACAAAGAAAAGCAAGAACUUUCCCUUGAGGAUGGAAGAAAAUCUAGCACAGAAUCCUCAAACAAGUCCUGCGAUCAGUCCAAAAGCAGGGAAGAUGAAGGUUCUUAAUAAACUUGACACUAUUAUGAUGAAUAAUGAUGAUGACGAAUUUUCACCCAAAAGGCUCAAACUUCAAAGACAUAGAUCAUACUUUUUAAAGAAGCCUUUAAGAGUUGUAAAAGCAGAUUCAGGAGAAAGGAUAAAAGAAAUAGAUGAACUCAUCCAUUUUAUUGAGUGUGGCAUAUCUGAUCAUGGAAGCGAAGAGGAUAGCAACCUGACAGAUAAAGAUUCUAAAAGCGAUCUAUCAUUCUUUGGAAUAUCUGUUGGAGACGACCAAGAUAAAGCAUUGAGAAAAAUGACCAAAUCAGGAGAAUUCCAGAUUACAGAUUCUGAGAAUGACGAUAGCUUGUUUCAAGAAUAAUACAACUUUAUAUAUUGAUAUUUAUUCUAUAUUAACUUUGUCAACUCCUUUUAUAUUCCCAAAUCAGUGCUAUUAGCAAGGUAAAUAUAUAAAUACUUCAGAUCAAGUUCUAUAACCAUUCAGGUUACUGUUGAUUCGUCUG